GAGUCGCCUAUUUCCAUACCCCCCCCCUCCUCCCACUCCCACCCCAGCCAUCCCCCAGCUCCUCUGCGGAUGCUCCCGGGCCCGGCGAUGCUACCUCGGACAGUCCGCCACAUCCUGGACGGGGUCAGGCUGGAGAUCUCCGGAGAUGCCAGUGUGGUUCUGAGCGGCUACAGGGCCAGGGAUCCGGAUGUGGACUCCCCUCCGUCCCCACAGAGCCUCAGCGAGGAGACAGUGGACGGGGCCGUUUAUUCAGUGUCACAGCGGCAAGUGCAGCUUCAACAGGCGGCGAGCAAGGGGCAGCAAUGGCUGGGGAUGGAAAACGAGUUGGUGGGCACCACGUGCGAGACGGUUAAAAACCGCUCCCUCAAGUUCGGAACGCUGGCGAAGAUAGUGCAGCACCUGCUCGAGUCCUUGGACUGCGGUGACUCGUCCUACGUCUCGGUCUUCCUCGCCACGUACCGGGCCUUCACCACCACCCAGGAGGUUCUCGACCUGCUCCUCACCAGCACGGCCUCCUCCGUUUUCUCCACGUGGCUAGAACAGUACUCGGAAGAUUUCCUCGGCCUGGAUGGUGACUGCCUGCAGCGCCUGGUGCUUUAUAUCCGACAGGAAUGCCCGGGCUCGGAUCUGGAGCGGCGAGCUGAAGAUCUCCUGUUACAGAAUGAGAGUCUGUCCAUCAGCGAUGGGAGAGUACCGACCGAUGUUCAAGACCAGCAGGUCCACGAGCUGACCCAGACUGAGGAGACUGGGACCAAGCCUCAGCAGAAAGAUGAAACAGUCGAUAUCCUGACCUUCACGGCAGAUGUGACGGCUGCGCAGCUGACUAUGAUCGAUGCGGAGCUCUUCAUGAAGGUAGUGCCCUACCACUGCCUGGGCUCGAUCUGGUCUCAGCGCGAUAAGAAAGGGAAGGAGAACAUGGCUGCUACCAUCUGGGCCACUGUCCGGCAGUUCAACAAACUCGCCAACUGCGUGAUCAGCUCCUGCCUCACCAACACCAAACUCCGGCCGCAGCAGCGUGCCCGCAUCCUGGAGAAAUUGAUCCGUGUCGCAGAGGAGUGCCGGGCUUUGAAGAACUUCUCCUCACUCUACGCCAUCAUUUCCGCCCUCCAGUCGAACCCGGUCCACAGACUGAAGAAAACGUGGGAGGAGAUUCCCAGAGAAAUCUUCCGGAGUUACAAUGAACUGUCAGAGAUCUUUUCAGAGGAGAAUAAUUAUUCCCAAAGCCGGGAGCUGCUGAUCAGGGAAGGGACGUCGAAGUUCGCCACGUUGGACAAGAAACACCCAAAAAGGCUGAAGGACCAUAAAGCUCCCAAUGUCGUUCAGGGCACUGUGCCCUACCUCGGGACCUUCCUGACUGACCUGGUGAUGCUGGACACUGCUGUGAAGGACUACGUGGAGAACGGACUGAUUAACUUUGAGAAGCGGAGAAAGGAAUUUGAAAUCAUCGCCCAGAUUAAGCUGCUCCAGAAAGCCUGCAAGAAUUACCACUUUGAGAAAGAUCCGGAAUUCCUGAACUGGUUCGACGGCCUGGAGACGCUCAGUGAAGCUGAAAGCUACAAGUUAUCAUGCGAAGUGGAGCCGCUGGUGGAAGCGAGUGGCACUCCCACGAAGACUCGGCCGACGUUGGUCAUCACGCACUGCAGCGACCCUCCGUCUGGCCAGAACAGCCCGACUGUUCCGAGCAGCGGGUUGGUACCAUGGGACGUGCCCGGCUCACCCACACCAGACCAGGACAGCCCCGGCGAAUUCCCCGGGCUGAAGGAGCACUCGUUCAAACCCAUUAAUGCGUUGCUGUGCAAGGUCGCCCGGCACACGAAGUUCCCCUCGGUCUCCUCUCUGGACUCAGCUGGCAUUGACCCAAGCCCGACCUGCCCCCCUUCGCCCUCCACGUUGUCUCCCACCGCCACCUUUGUCAAAGGGCACAGGCGGUCUGCGUCUUGUGGCGCGACGUAUGUGCCGCCAUCCUCGCCCAUCGGCUCUCCGCAGUCCGACUGCCGGAUCAUCCGCGUGCGCCUCGACGUCUCCAAUGGGAACUUGUACAAGAGCAUUUUGGUCUCCAGUCAGGAUAAGACCCCAGCGGUGGUUGGGAAGGCGCUGGAGAAACACAACCAGGACUCCAAUGCAGCUCCGUCUUACGAAUUGGUGCAGCUCAUGUCUGAGGACAAAGAGCUCACCAUCCCGCAAAACGCCAACGUCUUCUAUGCCAUGAGCUCCACCAGCAUCGACUUCAUCCUGCGGAGGAGGGGCCACGCGUCGCCCAGGCUGAGGGCGGAGCACGGCUCGCCCUUCCCCAAAAUCAAGUCCAAGGGGAAGAAGAUCGCCAGGGCCUUGUUUUAGAGGCUAGCCCUUACCGCCGGAGGGCAGGGGAGUGCGGAUCUCUGACCCACGGAAGGAGGAGGCUGCAGGAAGGCCGUGAGCCGACGAAGCAGGUCGCGGCUGAGGGCAGGGGAGCCUACACCUCCGCCCCCCCCUCCGUCCCAGCCCGCAAUGUUAAACGGGGUGGCAGUACGGAACACGACGUCCUUGCGGGGGGGGGGGGGGGCGCUCUGAAAACAAAAGCCUCACUUUGUUUUCGGCAGUGGGAGGCGGGGGCAGCCCGUUCGCUCUAAGCGCUGGGGAAACGUUGCGGUCAUGUCUUCGGUGAACGGCGGUGGCCUCUACCAUCCGCGCGGGUCAGUGUCCAGUCCCACUCCCCAACCACCUCCCCCCCCAUAACCCCCGCCUCACCCUCCACCACUGCCCUGGAACCGGGCAGUGAGCGCACGCUCAGUCUGCCCAUACACACGCGGGAAAGAGCCCGUUUCUGGGAGGGGCUGGCUUUGGGGCUCAACUUGGCAGUAUGGAGGCGAUGUUGACAGAGCCAUCGACCGGAAGAGGGGUUGGCUUUUUUUCCGUGUCGGGGUUUACCGCUCGGGGGGGGGGAGGGGGGGAUGGGGUGUUGUCUGCGUUGUUGUCCAAUCUCCCCUCCCCGGCCCCCGCACCCCCCAGGGUCGCCUUUCACACUUGCUGAAGCCGAAAUGAGGUGAUUUGGCCCAUCGCGGUGAAUACUGGACCAGAAGCCAAAGCAGCAAUGGAAGUGCCUUCCCUUUCACCUCAAUCUGCUGUCGUUCUUCACUAGCUCAGAGACUGCUGCUGGCUUCCCCAUUUCCAUCUCUCUUCCCCUUUCUCUCUCUCUCUUUCUGUCUUUCUCAGAAUGUCCCACUCUCACUCUCUCUCCCUCCCUCUCUC